GACGUGAGACGAACGCUCGGCCGACAGACGCGUCCGCGACACCGUGCAGGGUGGUUAUCGUUACGCUCAGUCCGCCCAACGAGCCGGAGUCUCUCCGAGAGAGCACCUCGCGAGGUAUCGCUCGGUUCUCCUUCGGCCGCUCGCGCGUGCAUAUUCCAACUGAUUUGUGGUUCUCGUCGCUCGGAUCGCGGCGGCCCGCCGAGUCUUAUUCGCGCGACGCGAAAUCUCGUCCCGGCAUUCCGUGAGAAUAGUCAGCGGCGAGUGCGACUUCGAGAGAGAGAGGUGUGAUUCUCGACGCGGCGAGGAGAGAGUACUCGACAGUGUUUGUGUGCCCGAGAGAGGGAUAAUAUCGUGAGGAUCGUUCCAGAGUGUGGAUCUACCUUAGUGUGUUACUUCGAAACGACGACGUUCUUCGUCCCCUCGCGACGGAUAUGUGGAGGUACGAGACGGUGCGUUUGAAAAGUGCACGAGUCGCAAGCCCACUGGUCGUCGUCGUCGUCGUCGUCGUCUAACUUUGUCACGGAAUACUCAUUUCACGCACGCUUCACGCACUUCUUCUCCCAACUGUCACCGAGGGGGGGGAAAAAGCGCGGAUCUGAACAUGCGAAGCGCGCUGUCGCGUGCAAUCGCCGAGUGGUUCGCGUGAUCGACGAGCGGCGAGCUCGCCGACGGGUGGCUUCGCUCGCCUCCGAGAAGGCGCCGGUCGCGUCCGCGUUCGCUGGCGUCGGGUCGCCGUCGCGUCGCCCGUUCCCCGUGAGAUCCCGGGGGAGAAAACUGUGAACCAAAUGAUCCGCCUGGCGAACUGCGUUCCCGACGCGAGAAACACGGGCUGGCUCCAUGGGACCGGCGCUACUCUUUCACCGACGGACACCAACGACCACGGCGCGCCGAGAGACGCGGAUCGAGUGUGAUCGUCGUUCCGAUUUGGCGAGACGCGAGAGUCGCGACCUCAUCGAUAGAUCGAUUCUACGGUGAUUGCCGAGCGUCCAGCGUCAAAAAUCGUCGUCGCUCCGGAUUUUCCGGGAAGGCUCGUCGCGAUGACGACGGCGUGAGCGACGGCACAGGAUCGCGAAGAAGGUGCGUGGGCUGCUGACCAGGAGGGUGUCAACGUGCAGUGCGUCGCGCUCAGGAUCUGCGGAGGAAAAGCGCGACACGAUCAAAGUGGAGUGUGGAUGUGGUGGAGGUGCGACGGUGGUGGAAGAGGUAGGUGGUUGUGGACGACUGCAGCGAGGUCGUCGCGGGCGAAAGUGCAACGACGGGUGCUGUGCCUCGUGCUUGUUGUUGUUGGUGACCGGUGGUUGUUGUAACACGGCCGAGUACGGACGCCCCGUGCCUAAAGUGACGGUGCCGUCGUCCGUCGUUCGCCGUCGUUGUUACCAUGGUUUCCACGUCCUUCGUGACCCUGGUGUUCUUCGUGUGCCUGCAAACGGUACUACUGUCGACUGUGAGCAACUGCGCGAAGACGAUCAGCAUGUACUGGAACACCACCAAUUCCAUAUUUCGAAUAGACAACACAGAUCACAUAAUUGACGUGAACAAAAACAACGCAAUGUUCGAAUAUGAUCAAGUCAAUAUAAUAUGUCCCGUGUAUCCGCCGGACUCGUACGUCGAUGACGAUGCUGAGAAGUACAUCAUUUACAACGUGUCCAAGGAGGAGUACGAGACAUGUCGGAUAACGAACCCGAGUCCGCGGGUAAUAGCGGUGUGCGACAAGCCGCGCAAAACGAUGUACUUCACCAUCACGUUCAGGCCGUUCACGCCGCAACCCGGGGGCCUCGAGUUCCUCCCGGGCCACGAUUACUACUUCAUCAGCACCUCGUCCAAGGACGAUCUCCACAGGCGCAUCGGUGGACGGUGCACCAGCCACAACAUGAAGGUCGUCUUCAAGGUCUGCUGCGGCAAUGAGGCCGAGACCUCCUCGUCGGCGACAUCGCGCAACAACUCCGUAGCCGUGACCAGCAGCACCGUGCCCAGCAGCAGCUCGACGAGCACCGCGGUUUUGGGCGGCUCCGCCGCUGGCCUGCCGCCCCCGCCACCGCCGCCGAUCGUCUACAGGGGCGGAGAUCGAUUCUACCCGGGGGGCAACAUUCAUCAUCAUCACGAGCAUCAUCAGCCUGGCACGGCGGCGCCGACUCUGGCCCAUGUGCCCCCGCCGGCCAUCUACCCCGUGCAUCCGCAUCAGCCGCAGCCGCCGAAUCACAAUGGACCGCCGUCCUCGAUCACGCCGCCCAAGACCUCGACCGGUCAGAAGAAGAAGAACAAAGAGUAUUCGGAUCAUCCGAACGAGGUGGUGAAGAACGAGGAGUUGACGUACAACGGCGCAAGUUCGUACGCUCUUACGCGAGCUCGGUACACGCAGAGUCUAAUCCUGGCGACGUGCAGCCUGCUGAUGAGCGCGUUGCUGCAGCAGCUGCUGCGGUGAAGCGACAGCACCGGCCAUGUACGAGGACGUCGUAUAUCCCAUGCGUCGAAACCCCUUCUUCUGUGAUUAUCCUACGUUUAAUUGAUUUCUUGAGAGGCGCGCGAGACACACACGCGCGUAUCUCGGCCGUCCCUCGAUCGUAGUGAGACACGCACGAUCCAUGGUCGCGCCGACUCGAGAGAUAGCAGAGAAGAGAGAAAAGACGGAGAGAACGAAAGAGAAAAAAAAAGACGAAGAUGAAGAACGAGACAAGCAGAGCCACGUCGAGAGAAGAGACACGCACGACACACGAGCGGCAACGCCAUAUUAAAUACAAUUAAGGAACUAGCGAAGUUCUAGGGUGGAAUACCGUAGAGCGAAGAGACGAGGAUUGGGCGGGAAAUAGAAGAGAGCAGAGAAGAAAAGAGAAGCGCUACUACUAGACACUACUUAUAGUACACGCCCACACUAUUAUCACUACUAUAAAUGGUAGUCGUAUUGGUUGUCCUUCUUAUCAUUACGCUAACUGUAGGUAUUUAUUCGAAUAUGAGAGAAAGAGAGAUAUGAGCCGAGAGUCGUAACAGCGUGCUAAGUAUCCUCGACCGAGAGCGAAAAGUGUAGGCGAAAGGACGUCUAUUAUGUAUUAGUAACCAGGGCUAUGUAACGAAUAACGUCAGAUCGCAUUCAUCAUUGAUUGAUCGAGCGAAUCUUUAAUUCGAGGAAGAAUGCCGCUUGGACUCGGCCAUCGACGACGAACGGUCCUUCGUUAAGGGGUCCUCGCUCGGGGCCGGCAAGGAAAUAGUUUGUCCUGAGUGCGAUCACGCAAGCGCGCCGUGCCUCGAGAAAAGAGUACCUGAAAAUCCUUGAAUGCUUUCGGUUCGCAGCCAAGAUGACAAUUCGGGAGCGAACGAUCGCGAUCUUUAUCGCCGAGCGGCUUCCGAGACCCUCGUAGAGAUUACUUGGACCCUCGAAGUCGUCGACGUAACGCGCCCUAGUUCCUCGAUGAUCGGAACGACUUGUACCGGGCGAAGGAUCAGAAGAGUCAGAAAGAAUCGUCUGGGAUUAAUAUCGUGUCUCUCGCGCGGGCUGAUCGCCACGGCCGCCCGGCCAAUCGCAGGACGCCGAGGACGAAGGAUCAUUCGAGUUCGCAUGCGAGAUCGCGAGUAGGAUAGUUAGCACGCGUGUAAAUAAAUUCCUAAUGAAUAUGUACAAGUGGCUCUUGUGGCUGCCUUGUAUGUCGCUGACGACAACGGGGAGUCGGGGAGAUUUAAGAAAGAGUGCCGUAUUUCUAGGUAAAUCUUACAAUAUGAAACGAGAAAGAAAGAGAGAACGCAUGGAUCAGAAAGUGUGAGCGUGUAUGUGCAUAAUGCGAUUAUUAUGUGAGCACCGUGCUCAUCGAACAAAUCGACACGGAGCCACGAACUUAUGCAAAUUGCUGCCACUACGACAGGUCUAAUUGCAUCGUUGUCACGAGUCAAGGAUAUAGCAUAUAGUAUCGUUGGCCGUUGAGUAAGGAAAGUAGCAUAGAUAAAGCGAGCGAGCGAGCAAGCGAAUAGAGAAUAUUGUGCGAGAGAGAGACUGAGUCGCGAAUCAAGUAAAAGACAGAUUUGUAUAAUAGCUGUACCAUACUGAGACUUCUAUCUAUAGAUCUGUAUCAUAUUUAUUAUCCGCUAUCAUUACGAAUAUUCAACACUCGAUAUUCUAUAUUUGCUAGUGAAAUAUCAAAUUUAAUAGCGAACAAAUUAACGUACUGCCGGCGCCGGGGGUGAAGCGGUGAUCGCGGCACGAACGAGCCCCCGGAGCCAAUUUCCCGUUCCCAACCGUCAUUUGUUGUUUCCCUCGUUUCUGAUUUCGUUCAGAUUAUCGUAAACAAUUAUGUUUCUAUUCAUUACUAUAUACCAUGUCUAAUUAGUUGAUCGUGUUUCCGAUUUAUACCAAUCUUUUUCUACGUUUUCCCUUUUUUUAUUAUUCUAUUUAUUAUUCACACAUUACCAGGGAAAAAGACUUGUGCGUGUACACGUUUCAUGCAUAUACACUCGCGGAUUCACCUUUCGCGUGAAGCCCAUGCAUGCGUGCGUGGCCGCGGCACGCAAAGGACGAAAGACGAAGCAGUGAGUAAUUUUUCGUUCGUGUCCACAAAAAAAUACAAUUGCGAGAACGCGACUGCACUAACGAAUUAUUGUAAAUACGAAUUUAUACGCAAAAAAUGAGUACCAUAGCGAGACGAGAGGAUGCAUGAUUGCGUAUUUACGAGUACGUGUGAGAGAAAGAGAGAGAAAAAGAGAUCCUUAUUCACAGAAUCUUAAGUAGUAAAAUGAGAAUUUUUACGCAUUGAAGACUACUCGACGCAAACCGAUUCGCUUUCGGAAAUUCAUUCAUAGUUCAUUGUCCCCACUCGCGUCUACGAUCGCGAGAGCUGCGAAUAACCACAAUUAGCCCAAAAUAAUAUGUUCGCGAAAUAAACGAAAGCUUCAGCAACGAUAUUGUAAGUUUGAGCGUUAUGCGAUAUCCAUUGGUUUGGAUUUUUCACUUCUGUUUUGUUGCUGCAACAGCAAUUAGCGACGAGUGAGCUAGUCGACGUCAAUCUUUCACGGUUUCAAUUUAUGGUUCGAUCGUUGAUUCGGAACUCACAUGUCUCGUUUAGAUAAGCGACGUUAAGCAAGAUGUAUUUGCAGACAAUCAUUAUUGUAUUUGAAAUUUGUCAGAUUAAGAGUGACUUAUUUAUGUUAUGUAUACUCGCCAUCCUCGAUCUUCCUGGUUGAAAUGUGCUGAUGCAAUUGUCGUUAUAGUCAGUACAGUAAUCUAUAAUCAUUUAUUAAUAAUAGAUGUCAAUUGUUGCAUCUACAUUCGAUUCUUUAGAUAUUCAUUUGAGCUAUGAGCACUUGUGAAUACUAAGGAUACUUUUCAGUUUCUUUCAACCAGAGUUCUUGGUACGCACCUAACAUUUUAUAGAACCUCGGAAUUCACUUUGCGAACGAACACGCUCGCUCGUUGCACCAUCAGUUGCAUUGUUGGGAAUUGCGAAAGUAUCACGGGACAGUCAAUCGAAUUUAUUUUUAAGUGAUGGCGAAGGAUAUAAACGGAAAUAGCGCCGCUCAAUCGAUCGUUCGCACGCGAAAGGGCGAAAGGGUACAUGGAUUCACGAUACACGCUGGGUACUCAUUCGCGCAGACGAUAUAAGUGAAUACGUUAUAACAAUAAUAUAGACUCGAAUUAUUCGACAUAGAAAAUAGACAAGGUCGCUCACUGCAAAACUCAUUCCUCUUUUUUUUAUUUUAUUUCCCCCCUUUUUUUGCGUCCAUCAUCCACCCAUCCACCGCACGUCCACACCGUUAUGUACACCCACAGACCCGUGCCGCAGACCGCGAGACGUGAGGCGUCCUGCUGCCUCGACGAGGAAAAGAAAAAGUAUUUUUUUAACAGCAGAUAGAGGGAACGCAUCUGCGAUGGGUUUGUUUGUUCAGAAACGUAUUAUGUAAAUAGAUGUAACGUGCGCGCGUACGCGGGAGGAUUCGACGCCGCCUGUAUUAACGAGUCAGAUCUAUAUUACGGUCCGCGCGCGCGCGCGCGAGAUCCGCGGAUCCGUCGAUGCGAGAUUUAAACGCGUGUAAAUAAACGUCCGAGAUAGGAUUUAAAGGGGAAAAAAAGAGAGAAAAGAGAAAAACGAGAACAGGAUACGCUUCACGUCCAUCCCGAGGAGGUCUGAGUUCCCGUCUGCUAUUACGUUCGGUAAUGCCACUUCACUUACGUAAUCAUCCACUCGUGUGCGUGUGCAAGAGAACAAGAAAGGAUGCGAGGCUCGCGCGCGGAUGUCUCUCCUGUUCUCCCUCUCUCUCUCGGGGCGAGGGGGGACACGCCGCGCGCGUUCUCACGCGUCAAAAGAAAAAAAAAAUGGAAAAAAAAGGAAAACUUGUUCCUCUCUUCUCGAGAUUGAGGGUAAAAUAUCCGCCGCGCUGACAAGCACGGCCGCGCGGUUUGUAAUGAAUGAAUUAAUUAAUUAAUUAACGAGUUAAAAAAAAAAGAGGAUAAAGCGAAUUUCGAAUAAAUAUGCGUCGCUGUAAAUAAACAAAUUAACGAUAAAAUAAACGGUAAACACGAUGAAAUUUAUAUUAAAGUGCAUAGCGAAUAACGAGAUAGGUUUCUAAUAACGGUUUAUUAUAAAAAUAAGAAAAAAAAUGUGAAUGUAUGUUGAUGUCUAAGAUUUUUAAUGAGAAUGGAGAGGACGCAGAGCGGUUAAUUGUAAACUACACGAUUACCACUAUCCGUAACCGGAGUACGCAAAGUACUAAUUAAACAGGAAAGCAGGCUCAGAGGGCGGAGCAACACUUAGCCAGAUCGUGAUUUCUCACGUUGCAUAUAUUAUUUUGUAACCGGAGCGUACAGGACCCAUACAUACACACUCUCGACGUCACGGCUAGCAUACGCGGCAUCUCUAUCGCGAAACGCGGCGACGGACUCGUUCUUGUGAGUCGUCACAAAAAGUCGAAAAAAAAUUUUGAUUAAUACUCGCGUGUACAACUAAUCAAGAGGAGGGAAACGACGAGAGGAAAAAAAAACGCUGAAAAGCGGUAGAUAAAAAAAAUAACAUUUUUAUUUAGCUUCCUCUCCGAGAGACGCCGAUCUCGAUCCGUAGAUCCCAUUAAUUUCGCUUCGAGUCCGAUCAAGGCUGUCCGGGCACGUUUUUAAUAGCGACCAUCCGUUUUUGCGACACUCUUUCUCGCGCGGACGAUUAUUUUGUCGAGCGCGGCGCGUCCUGUGAUUAAUGAGACGCGACGUUCGCGCGGCCGCGAUAUACUCGGAAUAUUAAUUAAAAAUCUCGUCGGUGUCUACGAGCCAGGGCUCGUUAACGAGCACGCUCGUCGUUUCCGCGCGUCGCGCCGCGCCGCGCCGCUCGGCUCGGCCGCCGCGUAUGGUAUCCUUGGAACGGGACCUUAUAGAUUGCGUGUGUUCACCAGUAUGCACAUUCAGUACCAGUCGUUCAUUACGAAGCAUUACAGGAUACAAUACAAAGUAGCGUAGCGUUCAUAACGGUAGUCCACUAUAGCGAAAUAGUAUUUAAACGAGCAGCCGCCGGUUGCAAAAGAAAGAAAGAAAGAAAGAAAACAGGAAAAUAUCGCCAUAAUCAACCGAAAAAGAGAUAGAACAGCGCAUGGAGAAAAGAGGGAAAUAAGCGUAAAUAAAUUUUUCGUGUAAAGGGUAGACGUAACAAGCGGACGCAAGACACAUUACGCGUAGACGCGGAACCGCGGAAACUGCGCGAAAGAUCGCAUACGCGUGAUAUGGGGGAGAAGGAGAGAGAGAGAAUGAGGCAGAGCGAGAGAAAGGUGAUCAAGAGCGCGAGGGGAGAUAAGGGUGAAGCACACGGUAUAUCUAAAAAACCGCGUUCGUGUAAGCGCAACGUACACCACGCGUGCAACGUGGAUGUAUGAGAGUGAAAAAGAACGGGGGGGGGAGGGGAGGGAAAGAGGAUGUACGUGAUCUUACGCGAGGGAGCGUAGGCUCGUCGGUGUUACACAAUUUAUGUAGGUAUAUUCUAUAUGUAUGUCGAUAUAUAGCGAAAUAUAUAUCGAUGGCAAACGAAAGUAAUUUAAAAAGUGGAAAGGAAGAAAUGGAAAGAUUUCGUGCGUCGGGCCGGGGGGGUUGUAAGCUGUAUCGUAUUUCGUUUCGAAACAUCCUGUACGAAUUCAUCCCUGUUUGCUCGGGAGAGUCGGAGGGACAAGACAGUCCGAAAAAGAGACGCUCGCCAAUCGCGAAAUCGCACAGGAAAAAAAAUUAGUAUCAGAUCAACAAUCAUUGCCUCAUGUGUAAGCAAGAGUCUCUAAAAUCUUCUCGAAAGAAUUUGAAAGAAUCUUAAAUAGACAUAACUUGCUUACAAGGACGGAACUUUUGACUUUUUUGAAUGUAGAGUACAAUUUCAUUUAAAUGGGAGAAAAAGGGGGUGAUCUCAACAUGCAAAUAUUCUUUUCUCUUUUGUUGUAACGUGCAACGUGGAUAUCCCCCUGAUCAAAUAUUGCUUUUUUGUCAAAUUACUUAAAAUUUAAAAUUUGUAAAAAAUUAAAAUAUUGGCAAAUUUUUACGGGAUAUGGAGGGAUCGUAGAGAGAUACCUGUUAGCAUUGGUAAUAUUAAAUUAAUUUUUAAUUUAAUUUCAUGAUGACUGUUGAUUUGAUACUAAUUUUUUUUUCAGUGUGUCGAUUGCAUCAAUUUCUCAAAUUUAAGCAUCCCGCGACUUUCGUCCGCUUUCAAUAUUUCCCGGGUAUUUGUUGCCGCAAUAAACGUCACGAGUCAGAAUUAUAUAGUUUCGGUGAUUAAAGAAAAGUGUUUCUUAACGCGAGCAAUAUUUGUCUUUCGAUUUAAUGAGCGCCGGUUACAUUACACUCUUCGCUAAAUUAUUAUCGUAAUUCACGGUGAAUUGUGUAUCGAAGUUAAGAAGCGGACCGUCCUAUCUUACGAUCCUGCUGUUAGUACAAAAACGAGAUAUACGCACCGAGAAAAAAAAAUUGUUAAAUUUUUCAACUUGAUUAAAUUUGUUCAAUUCAAAUAUCUUGUAUUUAAAUUAAAUAUAUAAAUGCUUGAACUGAAGAAAUUUAAUUUGACUUAGAUACAUAUACAUUUGGAGAAAUUUAAUCAAGUUGAAAAAUUUUGUCAACUCAACAAUCAGUUUAGUCAAAUUAACUUUUUUUUUCUCGGUGCGCGAUUUAUUCCACUUGCGUCACAUAAAUCGCGAGCAAAUAACAGUAUUUGACAACUGAUCCGUCACUUCGGUUCUAUUUAACCCUCCGUGGUUCAACUGGAGAUUUGAAAACAUAGAUAACUUUUCACUUUCAAAUUGAAAAUUGAAUAAAUCUUUUGCAACUAUUUUGCAUGAUUUACUUAUAUUCGAGGAUGUUAAUAACUACACAUAUCGGUCUCAAAAACGUGGAAGGCUUUAUCGACCUAAAAGACGUGGUUCCUAAAUCUUAAUACAUUCGCGCUUUCUGCCUAUUUUAAUUGAGCGCUCAAACCUGACCAUUAUACUUCACGCCAUGAAAAGAGGCCUAAAAACUUUCAUCUAAAAAGAAACGUUUUCAAUCAAUUUAAUAUUCCUGCUAUUGUUACCAAAUCUAUAACUAAAGAACACUAAUUAAUAUAAAAAAAAACUCAAAUAAUUUCUUUAAUAAUAUAAAUAUAACAUAUUUUUCAUUUGUACGUAUAUAUUACGUCAAGUAUAAUCGAGCAAAACAACUAUCCUAUUCGAAAAGCAAUUCUUCCCGAAAUAAGCUGCCAUAUUUAAUAAUCGUCAUCAAUUUUCGAUUCAAUACUUAAUGCGUGACUAAUAGAAAGCAGAUAAAACUGGAAGCAAUCAUCCAUAUAAAAAAGACCAAUCAUUUUCAGUACAUCCGAAGAAUAAAAAAGAGGAGAAUAUUAUUUCAACGAUUUUGACAGGUAUUACUAUUGCGUGCGUUUGGUAAACAACGAAUUUUUCCGUAAUAAACGUACGACUCGCGUUUCCACUGUGGGCUAUGCAAUAUUCUCCACAUCGGAGGAUUAAGGGCUGUCGAUAAGCGCGACGUGAUGUCGCCGUUGAUAAUUUUAAGUUUGCUUUAAUAUUGUAAAAAUAAUUAUAUUCUUCGCACACGCAAGCUACUUUCUAGUCGACACAGUUAUGUGUUCACUAUAUAAUAGCUAUAAGUUUCAGUGUCACAUUUUAUAUAACGUGAAAGUUGCAGCAAUGUUGUAGUUACAUUAUAAUCUCGCCCUUUUUCAAAAGUACGAUGAUGAUACAUUUACAUCAUCUUAUUACAAUUAAUUACCUUUUUGCGUAAAGUUUAUAUAGUUUUAAUGUUUAAAUUCUAUGUUGAAGCAUCACAUAUUUGUUACAUAAUUAAUAUGUAGUGUUUACACAUUUAUAUAAAAAAAGCAAUAGAUACAAGUAAUUAUAAAUAUCACGAAAUAUUUGUUAGGUCUUGUUUAUAUAAAAUAUUAUUCCCCCAAAUUAUAUAGCGGUUACAAAUUGUGUCGACUGGGUUUUGCCUUCUAUUUUGUUUUGUACGAACACACGAUGAAGGUAACGCAAGACCCGCUUUAUUCGUGAUAGCGUAACUGACAUUCAAAUCUAACGUACGUAAAUCGUUAACGCACCGUUCAAAUGUUUCUAUAUGUAAAGUUUCUCGGACUGUUAUGUAAGAGAUCACACACAGUAAGCAAAAAAAAAAUAAAUAAAUAAAUAAGGUAAUCGCGGUGAGAAUAGCACGAACGUUUUCAACAUAUGGUUCAUUCUUUCCUGCGUUGCAUAUCUGACGGAGAUUCAGUCGCAUUACGCUUUAGGAGUUACGUUACCAUGCGCAUUUGACAAUUUCCUAAACGAGGAAAUUUCACGGAGGCUAACAGCGGGAUGUAACAUCCUCUCGGAAUAACACCGAUCCAUAUCUAACGUGCAACGAGCGUCAAUUGCAUACCGAAGACGCGUCUCUCUCCGCGAUCAUUGUAACACUUCCGUUUCUUUCGACGACGGAAGAAAAUCAUCAGCGUGCAAUGUACGGCGAAGUACGGAGUUGGACGUGUAAGAUUAGUAUUUUCGAUAGCAAUAAAACAAUCGCUCUCGACUGCCGUGCAAUGAAGCAACAAUAUCUAUCGGUUUCGCGGAUAUCUGUUAGGAAGAAAAAAAAAGAGCACAUUUCGUUGCGAUAGGAAUAAACGGAAGAGCAAGUGAUUUAUCGACCAAGAGCAACGGAAUAAGCGCGCCCGCGCCCAACUCCGCUUCGCGCUUGCGACAGAAAGAGCGUCGUCGGGUUUCAGGCGGUUUUGUCAAACGCGAGGCUCAUUUAUUAUUAGAUUCUAGAUUAAAGGCGACUCUUUGAUACUUUGAUAAAUCUGGCUGGUUUCCAAGGCGAGUGAAUUUACGAGGGAAAGACUGGCAAUCAGCGCGGGGACGCGAAGACCCCGCGAGGAGUGCGACAAGGGAGGUAG